AUGACACUUCCUUUUUUUGAGAUAGAAGGAGAAAAAACAAUAGAGAUAUUAAAGAGAUUAUAAAAAUAAAAAGCGAAAUUAUAUGAAGAGGUAAUAAAAGUGGAAUUAUCAGAAGAGUUAAUAAAAGUAGAUUCAUUAAAAUUAAAAAAGAAUUCUAAAGAUGUCUGCUUUAUUGUUGAUGCUACUGAAUAUAAAUAUUUUAUUAAAAAUCAAAAAUUUAAUCUAAAGCAUAAUUAACUAUUCAUCAUCUUAAAUUAAAUGGGCAUCGGUUGGCUAUUAAAAGAAAGGUAAAUUAAAAAAAUUAGGAAAAUAUCGAAUUUCCAUUUUUUAAGUUUAUUAUGUACUUAAAAAAUGGUUUGAUUAUAUUGAAUAUUUUUGAGGAGAUGAUGAAGCAGAAGACAUAAGAGGAGCAAUCAAAUAAGUUUGUAAAUUAGAUUGGUCAAGUGAUUAAAGAACUGCAAUAUUAAUUUGUGAUGCAUCACGUCAUGGUAAAAAAUAUAAUGGAAGUUGGGAAGAUAAUUAUCCUGAUGAAGCCAUUUAAGAUGUUAUUGAGGAAUUGAUUAACAACAGUAUAAAAUUAAUAGCCCUUAAUUUUACAGAAUAUACUACAGUCAUGUACGAGAAGAUUAAGAAAAUUUAUGAGAAGUCUUCUUGUAGAUUAAUUUAUUACUUAGAUUUAUAAUUAAGAGAUUUAUAGUAAAGAGAUUUGUUUGGAAUUAGAUAUAAGUAUUAUGGCGUUUAUGGAAAAUCAAUCUUAUCAGGAGACAUUCAUACCAUCAAGAAUAUAAAAUAGUAUUUAAAGAGAAUAAGAAGAUGCUGUGGGAGAAUUUUGUAAAAAUUUUGAUGAUAUUAAAAAUUAACAAAAUGUUAAAAGUGUUUAUUAAAAUUUAAAGUUCUAAGAGUAGAAAUUAAAUAAGAUGCAUUUGAUAAUAAUAUUCAAAAUAUAAAUAAAAUUUAAUGUCCAUAAGAUUUUAUUAGUUAUCAUGAAGGAGAAUGGAAUUGCAUAAGAACAGAAAAUCAUGUGUUUUUGGUAGGAGAAAAGAUAUAUUUUUGAUGAAGAAACUAAGUGGUAAUUCUAAUGAAUUUUAUAUUAUAAAAACACCAAUCGGUGGCAUACCAUAUUAAAAAUAGUGUUAUAAUGAAUUGGAAAUCACAUUUAAUUAGUUAAAGACUUAUGAAUAAGUUUAUUAAUGAACUAUAAGAAAAAUCACUUUAAAAAAAUAAAAAUAUUAGAAUACCAAAUGUAAAUUAUAGUGAUUUUUUUAUUUUGUAAGAAUCAAAAAGUAUUUUAUAUUUAAUUGCAUUUAGUUUGUUUUUGGAUUGCUGAAAGAUUUUAAAAGGGAGAAUUCGUUUAGUAUAAUAAUAAUUAUGGCUUUAUUAAUGAAGAGUUUACAGAAUUAAAUAAAUUUGCAUAAUCAUUUUUAUUUUAUACAUGGUAACUGAUGUGCUAGGAAUUGAUAAUUAUUUCACAGAUCCAGCUAUUAAUACAUUUAAAGGUAAAUUUGUCAAUUUAAAAUAUAAGGAGACCUAGAUGAAACUGAUAUGGAAUUGGAAGGAUUAUAGAUGUAUUUAGUUAAUUAUGAAACUAAGAUAAAAUAUAAUUUAUUUAUAAUUAAAUACGGGUAAACUAAUAUGGUGUGAGAAUCAUUUGUAAUUAAGAAUAAUGUGGAAAUUAAUCAAAUAUCUCUUAGAUUUAGUAGGAAAAGAAAUUAUAGUGAGGAUUAUUGUUAAAUUUAGUGAUUUUGCUUAAAUUUAUUUACUAGAUUUAAAGCUAUUUUCUUUUCUAUUUUAACCUUUUGGAUCAUUAAAUACCUUUUAACUAAUAUUUCAUAAAUUAAUUAUAAAUGAAUUGUUAAAAAAUAAGGUGUUAUUAAAUAAUUGA